AUGCAUCUGACUUCCUCCCUCCUCUUCACCUCGGCCCUUCUUGCCGGGGGUAUCAAUGCCUCUCCUGCUACCAACGCCUACCGCCGCCAGAAUGCGAACAUGAGAACCAUUAUCGGUGACACUACCCCGGUUCUGUCCAAUUCCACCAUGAUCCGCUACCCAGACUCGGAUGGCUUCUUCGGUGUCACCGAGCGUUGGGAUGUCUACCGCCCGCCCUCGUACCAGGCCGCUAUCUCGCCUACUACCGAGGCUGAUAUCGUGUCCUUGGUCAAGAUGGCUAAGCAGCACAACAUCCCCUUCCUUGCUACCGGUGGCCGUCACGGAUAUGGUACUACCCUCGGCAACUGCAAGGAGGGUCUGGCCAUUGAUCUCAGCCACUUCAAGGAUGUCAAGCUUGACAAGAAAAAGCAAACCGUCACCAUCGGACCCGGUGUCGUCUUUGCUGAUGUCUUCCCGGUUGUUCACGAUGCUGGCUUCCAGAUCCAGACUGGUACGUGCAGCUGUGUUGGCAUGAUUGGUGCCACCAUUGGCGCUGGUAUUGGCCGUCUCGAUGGUGUCCACGGUCUGGUCAUUGACGCUCUCGAGUCCGUACGCAUGGUCACUGCCAACGGCGAGAUUGUCGAGGCCUCCAAGACCAAGAACCCUGAGCUCUUCUGGGGUAUCCGCGGUGCCGGUGCCAACUUUGGUAUCAUCACUCAAGCUACCUACAAGAUGCACAAGAACAUGGGCGACAUCAUCAGCUUCGAUCUUAUCUACGAGCCCGAGAAGAACGUCACCCUCUUCAACACUAUCGCCAAUAUGUACCUCCCUCCCGGCCUGACAGUCGAGACCAUCAUGUCCUACAACCAGACCACUGAAAAGCCCACCCUCAUCAUUAGCAGCACUUAUGCCGGCGGCUCUGAGGCCGAGGCCCGCAGGUGGAUGCAGCCGCUCCUCCGUCUCAACCCCUGGUACACCGACAUCAAGCCCAUCCCUUGGAAGAGGAUGAGCACCGACACCACCCUCGGCUUGGACAAGGAGGUCUGCGCCAACUCUCAGAUCUACGAUGUCUACGGUGUCAACCUCCGCCGCCACGACGCCAACACCUGGGUCAAGACCUUCAACAAGCUCGCCAAGUUCUGGAACCAGCAGCCUGCCGCUCAGUCUUCCGUUGUCGUCCUCGAGACCUGGCCCAACCAAGCCGUGGUCGCCGUUCCGGACUCUCAGACUGCCUAUCCCUGGAGAGAUGCCACCACCUAUGUCAUGAUUCAAAUGCGCUGGGACGCUCCCGGUAACCCGGUCGAGGCUGCCGCCGACGCCAUGGGCCGUGAGCUCCGCGACGACUACGCCAAGACUUCCGGCUACAACGGCCUCACUGUCUACGUCAACUACGCCCACGGUGACGAGACCCCUGAGCAGAUCUAUGGCCGCAACAAGCUCCCCCGUCUUGCGAAGCUCAAGAAGCAGUAUGACCCUUCGUCCGUCUUUGGGUUCCACAACCCCCUCCCUACUAGCUACCCUUAA